AUGCCAACAGUAAAACGUCGAAAUAUCGGUCGCCGUACUCAUAACAACAAUCGGAAUCAUAAAUAUCGAGUUAAUAAUGAACCUGAGGAACACCGUCAACAGCGUUUGGAAGCAAAUCAAAUAAGAAUUACUGAAUCACGAUCAAUGAUGACUCAAGAACAACGGAAACAGUCAAUUUCUACACGAUCUAUUUCAAGUUACACACGAAAUAAUUUAGAACGUCGACAAAACAGACAACCUAAAAGGAUAGUUCAAUAUGAGCGGUUGGCGUUCAGAUACGAUCCAACAAUCAACUACGCUGCUGAUAUCGCGGUUGACUUUGGAAUGAUGAACACCGUUUGUCAAUAUUGUGAUGCAUUGAGAUUUCGACAUGAAUCGCCAGGAUUAUGUUGCGCAAGCGGAAAAGUGAAAUUACCACAAUUACUAUCGCCCCUAGAACCACUAGCAUCACUGCUUUCUUACCAAGGAACUCAGUCCAAACAUUUUUUACAGAAUAUUCAAAGGUACAAUAGUUCUUUUCAAAUGACAUCAUUUGGGGCAAAUAUAACUGAAGAACGAGGCUUCAACCCUACUUUCAAGAUUCAAGGCCAAAUUCAUCAUCGGACAGGAGCGCUGUUGCCACCAGCAAAUGCUGAUCACAAAUUUCUUCAAAUUUAUUUUCUCGGUAAUUCUGAUAGUGAAAUCAAUCGGCGUUGUACCGUCAAUCGAACGGUAAAGCGGAAAAUUAUUACACAACUGCAACAGCUCUUGCAUGAACACAAUCAAUUAGUUAAAUUGUUCAAGACUGCACUAGAAAUGAUGCCUUCGGAUGAUUAUAAGAUAGUGAUCAGAGCAGAUAAAAGACCAGCAGGUGAACAUGAAAGACGCUUUAAUGCACCGACGUUGAAUGAAGUAGCUAUUGUAGUUGUUGGAGAGAAUUUGGAAACUCGCGACAUUGUGGUUAGACGGCGUGAUGGGCAAGAAACUAACAAAAAGGUUAGCUCCAUGAAUUUUUAUGCUCAUCGUUUGAUGAUUCGCCAGAACAUGGAUAAUCAUAUACUGAAGUGUCGCAGAUUGUUUCACCAAUUUGUUGUUGAUAUGUAUGUCAAAGUUGAAACAGAACGUUUGACAUAUAUACGAUUAAAUCAAAAAAAGCUGCGUUCGGAAGAAUACAUUCAUCUCCGUGAUGCUAUGAAUGUAGAUCAAGAUCCAAACAACAUCGGUCGGCUAACCAUUUUACCAGCGACAUAUGUUGGAAGCCCGAGACACAUGCACGAGUACGCGCAAGAUGCAAUGACCUACGUGCGCCAGUACGGUAGACCAGACUUAUUUAUCACUUUUACGUGUAAUCCAAAAUGGGAAGAAAUCACCCAACUAUUACUACCCGGACAAUCAUCUAGCGAUCGCCAUGAUAUUACAGCACGAGUAUUCAAGCAGAAACUUAAGUCACUCAUGAACUUCAUCACAAAAUAUCAUGUCUUUGGAGAUGUACGAUGUUGGAUGUAUUCUGUGGAGUGGCAGAAAAGAGGACUGCCUCAUGCACAUAUCCUCCUAUGGAUGAGUGAGAAAAUAAGGCCGGACGAAGUUGAUGCCAUUAUUUGCGCUGAAAUUCCUGAUUCAGAAACGGACCCAGAGUUGUAUAAAGUAGUGACGACAACCAUGAUUCAUGGACCGUGUGAGAGUCACAACAAGGAGUCACCAUGCAUGAUCGAGAACAAAUGCUCCAAACGUUUUCCACGUGCUUUGUUGGCUGAUACAAUCACAGGCAAUGAUGGCUACCCCCUGUAUCGUCGACGCUCUGCAGAAAAUAACGGUAGAACGUUAAUAUUAAAGGUGAAAAAUCAAAAUGUUUUAGUGGACAACAGCUGGAUUGUUCCGUAUUCACUAUUGCUUUCUAAAACAUUCAAAGCACAUUGCAAUGUUGAGUACUGUAAUUCCGUCAACUCCAUCAAGUAUAUUUGCAAGUAUACGUUGAAAGGCACUGACAUGGCGGUAUUUGAAGUUGAAACCCUAGAUCCUAACGAUGAAGUUUCAAGAUAUCAAAUGGGAAGAUAUGUCAGCAGUAAUGAGGCAAUUUGGAGAAUUUUUUCAUUCCCUAUUCACGAACGUUAUCCUACUGUAACUCAUUUAGCUGUGCAUCUGGAAAAUGGACAACGAGUUUACUUUACCGAAGCAAACGCUGCACAGAAAGCCGAAAAACCACCGACGACAACGCUUACAAGCUUUUUUGAAAUGUGCACAAAAGAUCCAUUUGCAAAAACAUUGUUUUACUCAGAGAUGCCGAGAUAUUUUACAUGGAAUGCAUCGUCGAAACAAUUCCAUCGUCGGAAAAACGGAAAGCCUGUUCCUGGAUAUCCGGAUGUGUAUUCAACCGACGCAUUAGGACGCAUUUAUACAGUUCACCCGAACAAUAACGAAUGUUUUUAUCUGCGUUUGUUGUUGAUUAAUGUUCGUGGACCGACUUCAUUCCAAUCUUUACGAACUGUCAACGGUGAAUUGUGUGCGACAUAUCGAGAAGCCUGUCAGCGUUUAAAUUUACUCGAGGAUGAUAAUCAUUGGGAUUACACACUCGCCGAUGCUGUUAUUUCUUCAACCGCGCAUCAAAUUCGAUCACUAUUUGCUAUUAUUAUUUCAACAUGUUUUCCUUCAAGCCCACCUCAUUUAUGGGACAAAUAUAAAGAUAGUACGGCUGAGGACAUUCUGCAUCGAGUGCGUACAAUGACAGCAAACUACGAGCUUGAAUUUAACGAAGAGAUCUACAACGAGACAUUGAUUUUAAUAGAAGAUUUGUGUCUGUUGAUGUCCGGCAAAACGCUGCGUGAUUUAGGAAUGUCAGCACCAAAUCGUCUCAUGCAUGAUGCAUUCAAUCGAGAAUUUGAAAGAGAACACCAAUACGAUAGAGAUGCUUUGAGCCAAUUAGUACGAACGACGGUCUCACUCUUGAAUCAGCAGCAGAAAACCGCAUACGACAUUUUGAUGGAAGCAGUCAACAAAAAUAAUGGGGGAAUUUUUUUCCUCGAUGCACCUGGUGGAACUGGCAAAACGUUUUUAAUUUCAUUAAUUUUAGCUUCGGUUCGAGCAGAAAAUCAAAUUGCACUGGCCGUCGCAUCAUCUGGGAUCGCUGCUACAUUGCUAGAAGGUGGACGAACAGCUCAUUCUGCAUUCAAACUGCCCCUAAAUUUGCAAACAAUAGAUGAUCCGACGUGUAACAUUUCUAAAAAAUCAGCAAUGGCGAGAGUACUACAAAAUUGUAAAGUAAUUAUUUGGGAUGAAUGUACUAUGGCGCACAAACGAGCAUUGGAGGCACUUGAUCGAACUUUAAAAGAUUUACGCAGUAACCAGAGUCUGUUUGGUGGUACUAUAAUUCUUUUGGCCGGUGAUUUUCGCCAAACACUACCCGUUAUUUCAAGAUCGACAGCUGCUGAUGAAAUAAAUGCUUGCUUGAAAUCAUCAAAUUUAUGGAAAUAUGUUAAAACUAUAAAGUUAACGACAAAUAUGCGAGUUGCAUUACAAAAUGACAUCUCAGCAGAAGUGUUUUCCAAACAGUUAUUAGAUAUUGGAAAUGGAAAUAUUCCGAUUGACGAUUCUACUGGCUUUAUUUCAUUUCCUGCAGAUUUUUGUCAGUUAACAAAGUCAAAAGAUGAAUUAAUUGCAAAAGUAUUUCCUAAUAUUGGUGCAAAUCAUCACAAUCAUGCUUGGUUGAGCGAACGAGCCAUUUUGGCAGCCAGAAAUAAGGAUGUCGAUUAUUUAAAUAGUGAAAUUCAACGUCAAAUUGAUGGCCAACUAUAUUCAUUUAAGUCAAUCGAUUGCACUACCGAUCCAGAUGAAGCCGUCAACUACCCAAUUGAAUUUUUGAAUUCGUUAGAUGUACCAGGUAUACCACCACAUAAUUUGCAACUCAAAGUUGGCUCAGUGAUAAUUAUGCUACGUAAUUUAAACCAACCGAAACUGUGCAAUGGUACAAGACUUGCUGUUAAGAAGCUAAUGAACAACUUAAUUGAAGCAACGAUAAUAACAGGAAAAUUCAAAGAUGAGGAUGUUCUGAUUCCCAGAAUACCGAUGAUUCUCACUGACUUAUCGUUCCAAUUUAAACGUAUUCAGUUUCCAGUUCGACUUGCAUUCGCCAUGACGAUUAAUAAGUCGCAAGGGCAAUCGUUAGAAGUUUGUGGAAUCAACCUAGAAUUGUCGUGUUUCUCUCAUGGGCAGUUGUAUGUAGCAUGCUCGAGAGUUGGUAAACCAUCGGCUCUGUUCAUUUUCUCUCCGGAUGGAAAAACAAAAAAUAUUGUUCAUCAUCAAGCGUUGCGAUAA